CAUCUGCUCUACAAUUAUUAUUAUUAUUAUUUGCAAUCCAAAAUCAACGCAAAUUUUCAGCUUCCGACAGAUUCCCCGUCAAUUCAACUUGCCGUGUUCAUUGAUCCAUUCUCAACAAUAUCUCCCUCCAUCAAAACAUCAAAGUUUCGUUAUUUAUAGCCAGAGCCUUUCUGGGUGCUUCUGAGAUUUUCUCUUCUGAGAUUAUUUUCUGUUCGAUAUUUUUCGUUUUCGGAGAUUUUCGGAAUUAAGCCCUUUUCUGCAAAAAUGGCUGCUGCUGCGACUGCUGGGGUUGUUGGUGGUAAUGCUUCGUCUGCUUCCUGGAUGCAAUUCAAAGGCAAGGAAAGGAAGCAUGCCAAAAUCAACAGAUCUAGGGUUUGUUGCUCCUAUUAUUCUUCUUCUUCUGUGAUGGAUCCUUACAAAACCUUGAGAAUACAACGAGGUGCCUCUGAAUCUGAAGUCAGAAAGGCUUUCCGACAACUCGCUCUGCAGUACCAUCCAGAUGUAUGCAGAGGAAACAAUUGCGGGGUGCAAUUUCACGAAAUCAACGAGGCUUAUGAUAUUGUGAUAGCUAGGUUGAGAGGAGAAUCAAGUGCGACAGAAACUUACGAAAGUAUAUAUGAUAACGACAAUGAUGAGUCACUGAGAGGAAUGAACGAUCCAGAUUGGGACAUGUGGGAGGAGUGGAUGGGGUGGGAAGGAGCAGGAAUCCGUGACUACUCCUCUCAUAUUAAUCCAUACAUAUGAAUAUUUUGACCUUUUUUUUCUUUUCUGUUCAUAAUUAUUAGUCUUUUGAAUAAUCAUCAUCAUCCACACCAAAUCGUGUGGUUGGUGUGCUGUGUACAGAGUCCAAGUUGGAGUAAUGUAAAUUCCUCUAUGUAUAAUUGAAGUUGAGGAAAAUCCUUAAUAUGACAAGUGACAAAAAUUGUCAUUAUUUAAGCUUUAAAAUAAAUACAAAUAUAUAUUAUUAUUGCA